AUAUAAACAGAAAAAGAUGAACAUAAAGACAGCGCUACCGAAAAAAUAUCGGUUCCAAAAAACCGUAUCCAAUAAGAAAAAAAAAAAGUUAAUAAAAAAUAAAAUAAACGUGUACGAAAAAAAGACAAGUCCAUAAAAAAGACAGAACCUUUGAAAGCCGAUUCCAAAAGACUAGAUUGUUUCCAGACAAAUCGAGAAGCUUGUGGGUCCGCCAAUUUGCACCUCACAUACUCACAUUCGAUUUCAUUUCUCCCAAUCCACUCACAUUCACGGUAGCAAGCAAAUGGAAGAAGUGAAAAAUCAACAGGUGAUCUUGAAGGAUUACGUUAAUGGCUUCCCCAAGGAAUCAGACAUGCUCCUUAAAACUUCCACCAUCAUCCCCCUCAAGCUCCCACAGGGUUCCAAUGGCGUCCUCCUCAAGAACCUUUAUCUCUCCUGCGAUCCUUACAUGCGUGCUCGGAUGAGCAAAACUCAAGGCAGUUACUUUGAACCCUUCACUCCUGGUUUGCCAAUAACAGGACUAGGAGUUGCUAAAGUUGUGGAUUCUGGGCAUUCAAACUUCAAGAAAGGUGACCUUGUUUGGGGAGGAACUGGAUGGGAAGAAUACACCAUUAUCACUACUCCCCAGACCCUUUUCAAGAUUCAAGAUACAGAUGUCCCUCUUUCAUAUUAUACAGGAAUCCUUGGUAUGCCUGGUAUGACUGCUUAUUAUGGGUUCUAUGAGAUUUGUGCUCCGAAGAAAGGAGAGUAUGUCUUUGUUUCAUCAGCUUCGGGGGCAGUCGGUCAGCUUGUCGGGCAGUUUGCAAAGCUGACCGGAUGUUAUGUUGUUGGGACUGCUGGAACUAAUGAAAAGGUUGAGCUGCUGAAAAAUAAAUUUGGAUAUGAUGAGGCUUUUAACUACAAGGAAGAGCAAGAUCUUGAUGCAGCUCUCAAGAGGUACUUUCCGGAAGGAAUUGAUAUAUACUUCGAGAACGUUGGUGGGAAAAUGUUGGAGGCGGUGCUUUUAAAUAUGAGAGUAAAUGGACGGAUUUCGGCUUGUGGAAUGAUCUCACAGUACAACUUAAAUCAAGAGGAGGGUGUGAGGAAUUUGUCAAGCAUAAUAAUGAAAAGACUUCUUGUGAAGGGGUUUAUUGUAAGUGAUCAUUUUAAUUUGCUUCCAAAGUACAUGGAAAUGGUUAUACCAUUGAUAAAAGAAGGGAAGAUAUGUUACAUUGAAGAUAUUGUAGAGGGGCUUGAGAGUGCACCUGCGGCUUUGGUCGGGCUUUUUUCGGGAAAAAAUGUUGGCAAGCAAGUCGUGGUUGUGGCUCGUGAAUGAGUCGGCCUGCAUGGUUGGGGUUUAGCUUUAAAUGAUAUACAUAUGAGUGAGGGGUGUUAUUAUGACGAAUAAUGAAAAAAGUGUAUAUGCAUGUAUGAUGAGUGGUAAUAGGUGCAAUCGCAGGCAGUUAUGAUUUAGGGGUUUUGAGUAGGGUGUAUGCACCCCACUUAACAUGCAAUCUUACUUAAAUUUCAUACAGAAAAUUUGUAGUUAUAAUUGGUUUUCAGUUAAGGGACCCCAUGAUAAGUAUUUUUAUACUAUGCAUCCCAGUUACAAUCAUGUCUUGAUCCGCCACUAGUCGCAGGAUUAAAUAUGGGCAAUGGGCAUCAUCUUUGUUUGUUACUAUAGGACAUUGUUAUUUACCUUAUGGUGUAUGUCUUAGGCUAUUAACUAUUUGGUUAGAGGUG